AUGGUCUGCUCGGUCGGAAUAUUCUACUACAAGAGAGCCCACUCUGCAGGGGAGCUGAUCUCAGGGUAUAUCACUCUGCACGUGCCCAGCGUAAUGUCGAUAGAAAGUAUCGUCCUUACGAUUGAUAAGGAGUCGGAAAUUCGGGUUGACGAGCUUGAGAAGAAGACAGUUUCCAACGAAAAGGUGACCCGGCACUUAGGGCGGUUUGUCAUAUACGGGGACCGAACAGGGCGCAUACUCCCUGGCAUGCACAAGUUCCCGUUUAGCUUUAGGAUGGCUCCCGGGGAGGGUGCCACGAUAGAGUACAAGAAAAUAGCGGAGAAAAGGCACAUAUACGCGCUGAACAAGUACAUAAGCAAGUGCGAGGUAAAAAUAUACGGAAUAUUCAAGCCUGUGGCCAGCACGGUAAAAGAGCUCUGCAUGAUCGAGGCAGUCUCCGAAGAGGUCAAAAGAACCACGUACAGGCACAGCAUGCGAAACUGUCUUUGCUUCAGCGCGUCUUCGAUCGACCUUCUCCUCGCGCACGACUCGGUCCUGUACGCAGGGCAGACUCACGCCUUGGAGAUAUCCACAAGCACGGGAGCGUCCAUUUCGCGUGUUCAGUGCUCCCUGGAGAUGCGCAUCAGCUCCUUCACGAACGAAUUGCACCCAGUGAUUAUGCACUUUCCGUGCCAGGUCGUGCAGGAAAACGGGAAAAUCCGCAUAACAACCGACGAGACUCUCCCCUCGGAGACGACCAAAAACGACUUCUUCUCGAUCUCGUACAGAAUCUGCCUUAAAGUGGAAAUAAAGGGCGAGGGAAGCACAGAAAUACGCAGAAGCAUCUCCAUCCGGAGCAAAAGCGCGCACGGCGAGUACUCUCCCCCAGAGGUCCCGGAAAGUGCCAUUUACCCUGAAAAGUAUCUGUCUCUGCGCUGCUAA